CAGCCUCACUUCAGGGGGUUAAAGUGACACAGAGGAGUGAGUCUUGAGUUUCAUUGAGAAACUGAAGCUUGUGGCUGCAGGCUCUGGUUACCUGUCUUAAUGAGCGUUGGCGUGACAGCAGCGAGGAGGACCGGGCAAGGUUCAGAGGCCUUUAUCGGGAUGUGUGAUGUUGACAGGGCGGGGUUCGGGACAGAGGUGAACAAACACAGCAGGAUUUAAACAGGUGAUUCUUUCCGAGGAAACUCACUUGGACGAGAGCGAGGAGCCGUGAACUCCGAGACACCUGCGAGCUCCUACCUGGGCUGGAACAACUCUGUGAUGAAACCAAACACCCACCUGGAGGAGCCCAGAGUCUGAGCUGUGCUGGACCUGUGGGACAGGGUCAUGUACGUCCUGUGCACCCUGGCGGUCCUGAUGCUCCACAGCCUGUUUAAGAACCGAAACAAAAAGGAGCAAAGCCAGCCGACGGAGGCUGUGGGGCAGGAAGCUCAUCUGAAGGAUGGGGGCACUACUGAGGGGUGCUGGGGGGCAUCCGGAACCUGGGAUCGAGUAGCUGGAUUGGGAAAGCGGAGGCGAGGUGGCGUACACAACCUCCCUCACGGCAGGAAGCAAGUGCAGCCGGUCCAGCGGUCCAGCGCUCUGCUCAACCCGGCGGUCAUGUUCGGCACACGAAAGACCUGGGACCUUGGCCACGCCCCCUGCCUGCAGGAUCUCUGGAAGAAAGACAUCUCAUUGGAUGCGAGCUCAGUGGACUUCCUGAUGAGUGAUGGUGAAGACGACGGUUCCUUCCUUUCUCUGCCGAGCACCGCCUUCUCACAGCGCCCCUCUCUGACUGCCGAGCUCAACGAAACAAACGCACCCAGCCAGCAGCUGCUCAUCCAGACUCUACAGGACAAAGUUUGUGAGUUUCAAGCUCGACUUCACUCUGAAGAAGUAGCCCGCCACCUGCUGGUCCAGCAGCUACAGCACAGUGUCCAGGAGAAGUCGGGUGGAGGUGGUAAGACACUGCAGGAGGAGCAGCUGUCCGCCACACCCAGCGGUGUGAGGGUGGUACAGCCCGGUGACCCUUCAGAUCGUCUCAGCUGUCCAGAGGAAGAGCAGCUCGUUACUCGGCUGCGCACACAGGUGGAGGAGCUGGAGGAGAAGCUGUUGGAUCAAACCCAGGAGGUGGAGAGACUUCGCUCUGAACUGGGGGCGACAGACCUGGAGAAGCAGCUGGAGCUGCUGUUGGUGGAGAAUGAGCGUCUGAAGCAGGAGCUGAAGUCCCGUAGGAGCUCAGAGCUUCAGAAGCUCGAUGCUGCUGCAGAGACCUGCAGCUGCAGCCACUGCCCCCACAGCCAGGAUGCGGAUGCCCUGCGGAGGGAGGUGUCCCGCUGGGAGAACCAGGCCCGGCAGAGGGAACGGCGACUGGCUGAGCUGGAACAAGAGCUGCUGGAGAAAAACUCCAGGAUGGAGGGUCUCCAACGGCAGCUGGACGACAGCCGCGGGCAGCUAGAGGAGUCGAGGCGGAGGCAGGUGGAGGCCGAGCAGAAACUCACUCUCCGGCUGCAGGAGUGCGAGGAGGAGCUCGCCAGAAAGGCUGCGACACCCCCGAGAGUCAGAUAUGUGACCCACACAGUGGAGGUGGAGUCAGCGGACUCUCAGAAAGCUCUGGCUGAGAUGCAGGUGAAGAACGGCGCCCUGCAGGAGCAGCUUUCUGUCCAGAGGCAGCUGCUGCGAGAGCUCGAGACGCAGCUGCACGAGUCACAGAGGACCUGCGCUCAGCUCCGGACGCAGCUGUUUGCCGAUCGAGGCCGUCUGUGCGGCCUCCUGUCCAAGGCCGUUGGCCGGCGCAACAAUGAGGUGGUUCGCAGGUUGUCCAAGAUCCUGGUCUAUGAAGGAGAGAUGGAACGAGCUCAGGGUCAGCUGGAGGUGGAGAUGCAGAAUCUGGAGGAGGAGAAGAACCGCGUCAUCGAGGAGGCGUUCAUCAGAGCCGAGAGCGAGAUGAAAGCCGUCCAUGAGAACCUGGCAGGUGUGCGUAUGAACUUGCUGAGCCUGCAGCCGGCCCUCAGGACUCUCACCUCUGACUACAACUGUCUGAAGAGGCAGGUGCAGGACUUCCCCUUCAUGUUGGACAAAGCGAUCACUGAGGCCAAACAGGAGAUCUGUCAGGUGAUCAGCGAGGUGAGCAGCACCAACCAGGAGCUGCUGCGUAAAUACAAGCGGGAGAUGAACCUGAGGAAGAAAUGCCACAACGAGCUGGUUCGACUCAAAGGUAACAUCCGAGUGUUCUGUCGCGUCCGGCCGGUCAGUCAGGAGGAGCAGGACUCCGCCGACGCCAAAACCAUGCUGAGCUUCGACUCGGACGACGACGCCAUCCUCUACCUCUCUAAUAAGGGCAAGAUCAUGACCUUUGAGCUGGACAAAGUCUUCCCUCCUCACGCCACGCAGGAAGAGGUGUUUCAGGAGGUUCAGGCUCUGAUCACUUCCUGUAUUGACGGCUAUAACGUCUGCAUCUUCGCCUAUGGGCAGACCGGCUCGGGGAAAACUUACACCAUGGAGGGUGUGACCCACGACCCCGGCAUCAACCAGCGAGCUCUCCGGCUGCUGUUCUCCGAGGUGACGGAAAAAGCUCCGGACUGGGAUUACAAAAUCACCGUGAGCAUGGUGGAGAUCUACAAUGAGACGCUGCGGGACCUGCUCGGGGAGAACCCGGCCGACAAGCUCGACAUCAAGAUGAACCCCGACGGCAGCGGCCAGCUCUACGUCCCCGGACUGACUGAGAUCACCGUACAGAGUCCCGAGGACAUCAACAAGGUGUUUGAUUUGGGUCACCUGAACAGAGCGACAGCCUGCACCAACCUGAACGAGCACAGCUCACGCUCACACGCUCUGCUCAUCAUCACUGUGUGUGGAUUCAACACAUCCACUGGAAACCGCACACAAGGGAAGCUGAACCUCGUGGACCUGGCGGGCUCGGAGCGGAUUGGAAAGUCGGGGGCGGAGGGAAGUCGGCUUAGAGAAGCUCAGUGCAUCAACAAAUCCCUGUCGGCGCUCGGCGACGUCAUCAAUGCGCUGCGGAGCAAACACUCCCACGUCCCAUUCAGAAACUCCCGCCUCACGUACCUGCUGCAGGACUCCCUGAGCGGAGACAGCAAGACCCUGAUGAUGGUGCAGGUGUCUCCGUUGCCCAGCAACAUGAGUGAGUCGGUCUGCUCGCUGAAGUUUGCUCAGCGGGUUCGCAGCGUUGAGCUGAGCUCCUCAUCCUCCAGGAGACACGAGAACUCGUCCACGUCAUCCUCGCCCACCCAUGACAGCGUGGAGCUGGACUCCCCUCCUGUGACCCCGGUCCCUCUCCCCAUCUCUCGGGCCAGCAGCGCCGGCUCCACCCUCUCCUCUGCCUCCAGAACUCCCAGCAGCUCCCGCAGGAGGUCCCAGUCCCAGCUCUCCACAGGUCUGAACUGUAAGAGUGGAGGAUUUUUCCAGGAACGCCCGCUGUCAGUCUGUCCUCCUCCUUCUUCUUCUGUGUCCUCAUUCUGUGGUCUGAUUGGUUGGUUUGCAGACAGACAGGUAGACAGAGCCAGCCCAUUGGUGGGGGACGGUGGGCAGGUAGGUGGGGGUGUAUUCUGAUUGGUGGAUAGCUUGGCAUGGAAGCUCUGAGCAUGGCAUGGUGCCCCCCUCCCCGUCUCCUCCACCAUCCAUCUAAUGCUCCUCCCCUCUAACCCCAGAGCGUGUGUGUGUGUGUGUGUGUGUGUGUGUGUGUCUCACCUGGAGUCUGGCUUUUUCACUCAUCGGCUUCUUUUGGAGUCACCAGAAAAUGACACAGCUGAGAUUUCAUCUCAUGCCAGAACAAAGAGGUGCAGAACGUGUUGGAUAGAUUAAAGAUGAGAAAUUAUUCUUAGAUUAAAGUACUGGGUGCAGAUGCACCUUAAACCUGCAGGGUUUCUUGGGUGGCCGGGAGAGCCGACGAUACAGUCGGGUUACCCCGCCUGAUUCAGAAAGCCAGGAUGGAGACGGUAACAGCACUCGGCUUCAGAAACAGCUGGAGGGUUUUUAUAGACCUUUAUUGCAGUGAUGCAGGCAGUUGGGCCCCUGAUCCAGAAUCAUCUGAACCUCUCUGUGCUGCUCUGAGAUGAAACUGAUAAGAAACCACCUGCAGGUGUUUUCACUCAUUAAUCUCAAUUUAGUCUGCAGCAGCUGAAACAAAACGACCGCCUCCGUCUGUCUCCUCGUGACCUUGGAGUGUGGGUGGGUGUUGUGAGUGAGUCGGUGUCCCUCCUCCUCGCCUUUCGUCCAUGCUGCUCUGUGGCCUGGCUGGACGUUGUGCUGAUGAGCAGAGGAUUGUGGAAUUGAUUGCUUACUUCCAUGUCUGCACUGAUAAAUCUGAAAACACUGUUUGUGUCAGUUUAAUAGGAACACGUCUGUUUAUUGCAUGUUCACACUGCAGUCAAACUUACAGCCUCUGAAGGGAAGCUCCUGCAGAUCACUCAGACCGUGAGCACCGUGAUCACUUCUGAUGGUCGUAUUGAUUUACAGACGCUAACAGAACAAAUGUGACCUCACAACUGGAAUUAGUCUCCAGGUAAUGAUAGCAAAGGUUUCCAGCUGUGGGUUCAAACCCUCCCUGUUCCUGUGGGUUAGAAUGGGAGCUGUUAUGAAGUUCAACUAUAAAAACCAUGAACUCAUUUAAAUUUGGCCAAUCUUCCUUCAAGGCCGUCUCUUUGUGCACCUCUGGACUGUUUUCAGCCCAUCUGGAAUUUCAUUUUUCAGGUGGAAGUUAAAGGCGGAGCCGAACCUGAUAAGUGGCGCUGGGUUCAGAUCAAAGGUCAUGUUCUCAGUGCGUCUGCCUGAGUUCAGACGGGUCAGCAGGUCACAGGGAACGUUGAGUGUUACUGACCGAUCCGGUUACCUACUGAAGUCUUUGUCUUAAAGAGCUCUUGGUCGUAGAUGAGGACUCUGCUCCGAGCACCAGUAAUGAUCCUCGUCUAGAAAACUUCCAGAGUAAAGUCCCGGGUAAAAUCAGAGUCACACGGAAGUGGUCAGACGGGAAUUUGAGGAAGCAAUAUAAAAAGGGCAGCAGUGCUGGGAGCAGCGCAGAGGUGCACAAGGAGAUUAAAGAUCAGUGCAGGUGUCCUGUUAUUUAAGAUGGAGGUAGAGGCAGCGCGAGACUCUGAGAUAUGAAAAUACCCAGUCUGUUACAGGUGGUGUCGGGACACUUCAUAUACACCUGCUGGGUUACGGGGACCCCUGCUGGCUGAGGGCUUCACCACUGACAGGAGUCUAAGAACAUCUUUAGAAAGGGGCGAUGUGAAGAGAAUAACAUGUUUUCACAUUUAUGGUCAGAAGUGUGGACAUGGUGAGAAACUGUAAAGGGUCACACGACUGCUGCCUGAC